GAAUCCGGGACCAGCGUCCGAGAGCGGGAGGCGGCGGCUUCCGGGAUCUGUCGUGUCCCUUGGUCCUUGCUCCAGAGCUCGGUGCUGUCUCCACAGCCCCCUCUUCUACCCUCCAGAGUCCCCAGAUGUCUCCGCCGCGGCCUCUGUGGCCCUGUGACCUGCAGGUACUGCGAGAUCCGGAGAGAGGACGCGGGACACCUGGAAGCCCGGAAAUGAGACUAUUGAUGUUCAGGGAUGUGGCCAUAGAAUUCUCUCCAGAGGAGUGGGAAUGCCUGGACCCUGCUCAGCGGAAUUUGUAUAGGGAUGUGAUGUUAGAGAACUACAGAAACCUGGUCUCUCUGGGCCUCACUAUUUUUAAGCCGGCCCUGGUCACCUUUUUGGAGCACUGGCAAGAGUCCUGGAAUGUGAAGAGAAAGGAGACAGUGGCCAAACACUUGGAGUUGUAUUCUCAUUACGCACAAGACCUGUUGACACAGCAGCAUGUAGAAAAUAUAUUCCCAAGACUGAUACUGAGAAAAAAUGCAACAUGCUCUCUUGAUAAUUUACAAUUAAGAAAAAACUGGAAAAGUCUAGAUGAAAGUGAAAUGCAAAGGAAAUGUUCUAGUGCUUAUGUCCAAUGUACAACAGUUAACCAUAACAGAAGUUUAACUGCAAAAGUAGAUGAAGAACAUGGUACAGAACCAUGUGUUUCUGUAAGUGAAUAUCAAUGUCAGUCUUUGACAUGUAUUGUUUGUGAUGAAACUCAGAAAAACUUUAAUCAUGACUCAAGUCCUACUAAAUGUCAGAGUACUGAUGCUUCAGAGAAUUACGAUUGUAGCAAAUGUGGGAAAAUCUUUCAUCAGUCCUCAAAAUUUAUCCAUCAGAAUAUUUGCAUUCUCCAGAAAUAUUACAAAUGUAAUGAAUGUGGUAAAAAUUUUAGCCAGUCCUCAAAUCUUAUUCAACAUGAGAUCAUUCACACUGGAGAAAACUCAAGCAUAUGUAAUAAAGGUGGAAAAGUCUUCAGUCAGUCACUUCAUCUAAAUAGAAAUAAAAAGAAUCAUACUGGUGAGAUACUCUACAAAUAUAUAGAACGGGGAAAAGUCUCUAGCCACUACUCAUACCUUAUACAACAUCAGACAGUUCAUAGUGGUGAGAAGCCCUGUAAGCAUAAAGACUGGGGCAGAGUCUUUUAUGAUAGCUCACAUCUUACUCAUCAUCAGGAUAUUCAUAUUAGAGAGAAAUCAUACAAAAGAAAAGAGUGUGGCAAAGCCUCCAACUGUAGUUCAUACUUUAUUAAACGUCAUAAAAUUCAUACUGGAGAAAAAUCCUACAAGUGUGAAGAAUAUGGUAAAACAUUCUACUUUAGUUCAGCCCUUACUCAACAUCAGAAAAUUCAUACUGGAGAAAAGCCCUACAAAUACAAAGAAUGUGGCAAGAUGUUUGCUCAUUCCUUAAGUUAUGUUCUGCAUCAGAGAAUGCAUAAUGGAAUCAAACAUUACAGAUGUAAAGAAUGUGGCAGAACUUUUUACUGUAGUUCACACCUUGUUCAACAUCAGAGAAUUCACACAGGAGAGAAACUCUACAAAUGUAAAAAAUGUGGUAAAUCAUUUGCUUAUUUUUCAAAACUUAUUCAACAUCAGAGAAUUCAUACUGGCCAGAAGCUUUACAAGUGUCAAGAAUGUGGCAAAGCCUUUUAUUUUAGUACAAACCUUAUUCAACAUCAAAGAAUUCAUACUGGAGAAAAACCCUACAAAUGUACAGAAUGUAGUAAAGCAUUUUCUUAUUCCUCAAGUCUUAUUCAGCAUCAGAGAACUCAUUCUGGAGAGAAACCAUACAAAUGUAAUGUAUGUGGCAGAGCCUUUUAUCGUAGUUCACAGCUUGUUGAACAUCAGAGAAUUCACACUGGAGAGAAACCCUUCCAGUGUAAAAAAUGUGAUAAAUUAUUUAGACAUCGAUCAGCCUUUACUCAACAUCAGAAAACUCAUACUGGAGAGAAGCCCUACAAAUGUACACAAUGUGACAAAGCCUUUAAUUCUAGUUCAAACCUCACUCGACAUCAGAGAAUUCACAUAGAUGAAAAAUCACGCAAAUGCAAAGAAUGGGGUAAAGUACUUUGCUUUAGUCCACAACUUGGUCAUCAAAAAAUCCACAGUGGAGUUAAACCAUACAAAUGUAACAACUGUGGUAAAUUAUUUGCUCAUUCUUCAAGUCUAAAUGCACAUCUGAGAGUUCAUACUGGAGAGAAACCCUUCAAAUGUAAAGAAUGUGGCAAGGCCUUUUACUUUAGUUCAAGUCUUCGUGGUCACCUGCAAAUUCACAGUGGAGAGAAACCAUACAAAUGUAAAGUAUGUGGUAGACUCUUUCGUUGUAGUUCGCACCUUAUAAUUCAUCAGAGAAUUCAUACUGGAGAGAAACCCUUCAAAUGUAAAGAGUGUGGCAAAGCCUUCACAUGUAAUUCACACCUUACUAAACAUUGGAGAAUCCAUACUGGAGAAAAACCCUACAAAUGUAAAGAGUGUGGUAAAGCCUUCAUGUGUAAUUCAUACCUUACUAAACAUAGGAGAAUUCAUACUGGAGAGAAACCCUACAAAUGUAAAGAGUGUGACAAAGCCUUCACAUGGAAUUCAUACCUUUCUAAACAUCAGAGAACUCAUACUGGAGAAAAGCCUUUCAAAUGUGUAGCAUGUGGCAGAUCUUUUACUCGGUCCUCAAGUCUUAAUACACAUCAAAGAAUUCAUACUGGAGAGAAACCCUACAAAUGUAAAGAAUGUGGCAAAUCAUUUAAAUGGUCCUCAAAUUUGACUCAACAUAAGAUAAUUCAUAUUAGAGAAACACUUUAA